GCUGACCGCGUGAUCUACACGGCGGACGGCGAUCCAUACAACGUCGUGCUGGCCAACAAUGCUGCGGUGCCGGCGGUCCAUGGGUCCAGAGCCGAGCCGACGGGUGCGGAGCUGGCCCAGCGCACCGUGGAGGCGGAGCAGAUCGCCACAGCGGGGUGCUGCACCAGGGCUGCGGCCAUCGGCGACCUCGGCCUGCCCACCAACCUGCGGUUGUUGGUCGCGCCGGGAGGAGGAGGAGUGGCUGCCCCCAGCGCGCCCGCGGGCCUUGCGCUGGGCUCGCGGUGCGGAGCGGCCGUGCUCCCCGCGGGCGCGCCUAGUUGUGACCCCGCUGGGGUACGGGGGGCGGCCGCUUGCGAGCGUGGAUAUCGGAUUGGCGAUGUGGUGCUUGGGCGCGAUGCCCCUGCAGCUCGAGUCCUGGGCCAUGACAUUCAUGGGCUGCCAGACGGCCAGGGUUUGCUCGUGGAGCUGGGGCCGCCGUCCGCUCCCGAGACCAUAUUGCGUGCAGCUGUUGAUGCGGACACCAGGAUAUUGCCCAGUGUUCGAGAUGGGCAGGGUCGACGCAACGCCCCGUGGCACAAGACUGAGGAGAUGACCCGCCAGGAGGAUUUCGGCUCGGACGUGGCGCUGCCGGGCCCGUGGACGGCGGCACGGUGCAUGAGCUACCCGCAGCGGGAGGGCCUCUGCAUAGAGGGCCAUCACGAGCACUUGGCGCGGGUCUGUAGGCUCGCCGCCACGGAUUGGGGAGUUCAAGUACACUACGAGGUGUGUCAGCAGAUCAAUGCGGCAACCAGUCAGGACCUCCUAGACGGGGCUAACCUCAUCAGCAUUGAGAUGAAGUUUGGGAGGCUUCAGACCUUCGAGCUUGCCCACUCGGACAAGGCCGAAGACGCCGAGAGCAAGGGCGUCGGUGGCAAGAUGAGUCUGGAGGGGCAGCCCGCUGUCUCGGGGCUUUCACGUUCAACUUCGUCGGUGUUGGUAUCUCCUGGGUUGAUCGAGCAGGUCCGCGGUGACUCUGAGAAGGAGGCGAAGCUACACAAGAGUUUGCGCCUGGCCCGCGAGGACGUCCACGUCGUUGGCAGGCGUCGGCCCCGGGACAUCUUGCCGCUGCCCUAUCCCUCGUUCAAAGAGCCGCUGGAUAAGGCUUCUAUCAAGGAGCUCGCCCGAGGUACGGGGCAAAGGAUUGGGCGAAGGCUUGGUGUCUGCAACGAUGUCUAUGCGUGCGUGGACGCUCGCAAUUGGCUUCAUGACCCGUCCCUCCGUUGUGGUCGUGACCGUUCUGCACGAUACGUUGGGCCGUCACUCGCUCAGAGCCAGUGCCUAGCCCACAUCUCCGAGUCGGUGCGCAACCUUGGUCCGCCGCCGUCGAUUCUUUCUCCCGCAGAAGCGCUGGUGCAGCUUCGCGUGGCCGGGGGUGCUUACAAUGUCGAGCAGUCGCCCCUCAGGAGUUACGACCCCGCGCUCCUGUCCUUGCCGGACGUCAGUGCCGCCCCUGUGCCGCUGGCCGACGUGCGGGGGGAGGGCGGGCAAGCCAAGGUCGAACAGUUCGUUCUGCAGAGCUUGAUGGAUCCGAGCGGGGCCGAAGCCAGGCUGAGGCAGAGCGCUAUACCUGUUCCCUACUCUGACCCUCUUCUACGUGACCAGCGGCGCUGGUCCAGUUUUGUUCAGUUACUGCACGAGCGGCACCUAGUCGACUUCAGCCUUGAGGACGGCGUUCGAGCCGAGAUUUUCUUUGUGAAGAAAAAGGGGGGCCGCCUUCGCAUGGUGGCGGACUGCCGGCGCUCCAACGGGGCGUUCACCGAGCCCCUGGGCGCGCGGCUCGCGACGGGCGACGCCUUUGGUAUGCUCGAGAUGGCGGCGGACGACUCGCUCCUGACGGUGGAGGGUGCCGACUUGAAGGGCGCCUUCUACCACCUUGAGCUCCCCGAGCAGCUCCGUCCGUGUUUCAGCCUGCGACCUGUGCGCGCGGGCGUCCUGGGCAUCAAGGAGGUCGGCGGGGUCGCUGUCGGAGCCUCCACCAAGCUCUACCCGCGCCUCAGGGUCGUGCCCAUGGGUUGGUCCUGGGCAAUGUGGUGGUGUCAGUCGGUGAUGGAGCGAGUGGCAGAGGCAGCAGGCUGUGGUGAUGACGCACGACUUCGAGAUGGCAGGCCCGCUCCCUCGCUGGGCCCAUCGUGUCACCUAGAGUACGUCGACAACUUCGUGAGCAUCGGCUACGACGCGGAGGCGGUUCGGUCCGCCGUGACUCGUGUCAUGACGGAGCUCAAGCGCCGGGGCUUGGUGGUGACCAGGGAGGAGCACCUCGGUGACAGCGAGGGCGAGUAUGCGGUGCUGGGUUGGUCCAUCACUGCGGCAGGGCGUCUCUCGGCAUCGGCUUCGAGAUUGUGGAGGAUGCGGUUAGCGGUGCGUGGUAUUCUGCGCCGUGGUCGUGCCAGUGGUCGUGACCUCGAGCGCGUGCUGGGCCACAUCAUCUUCGUCACCCUCGUUCGGCGCGAGGGCUUAAGCAUCUUCGAGGCGAGUUUCCGCUUUGUCCAGAAGUGCUACCACCAGCAGGUGCCGCUCUGGUCUCAGGUCAGGCAGGAGCUCAUGGCCUGGAUGGCGUCGCUCCUUUGCUGUGGCGUGAUCUCCGUGCCCAGUGGUGCCGCCGACGGGGUCGCAGCCUGUGACCUGGGGAUCGUAGCGGCCCAGCUCGAUCCUGGCUGUCCAGCGGAGGGCAGCCAGCCCGUCGGCCCGCCUGUGGAGCGCGACCUGCUCGCCUUUCCCGAGGAGGGCCUCUGCAAGACCCCGAAGUACAAGGUCGGCCUGGACCCCGAAGAGUACGACCCUCCCCAGGGGCCCCAUCGAGGUAGGGCUGGCUUGCAGACGCCGACGCUGCCGGUGCUCCAGGCCUCGCCCGCGAGCCGCCAGGGCUCGAGCGGUGGUCCCACGCCGCAGCAGCGGGCUCGGCUGGUCCAGUCGCCAGCGGGCAUGCCAGAGCUCAACGCAGCAUCCGUGCGCACGGCGUCGGAGGGUCAGGCUUACCUCUCGAUGCUGGUGGGUUUCGACAACUGGACGAGACUUCAUCUGGGGGCUAUGCAGGAGCCUGCCCAGAUGGACCGAGCGGUCUGCGACUACAUCAGCCAGCUCGUCGAGCGGGGGUAUCACCAGACCUACGCCGACCUCAUGAUAGCGGCGCUGGCAUGGCGCGAUUCGCGCUAUGCCAGGUCGGGCCAGUUCGAGCUGCCGCCGUCCGAGCAAUCCGCCAAGGUGUGGCGCAACCUGGCCCCAGCUCGCAGCCGAAUUGCCCUUCCGCACGAGGUCGUCGCCAUGGUGGUCUACGGCGUGCUCCAUGCAGUCGACCAGCGCAGUGUGGCCAACGCAGGGCGUGGGGCUGUCACCGCCUUCGGCCUCCGCAAGCUGGGUGCCUGCCACGGCCUCCAGCUCCGCCACUCAAGCCCAAGCCACGACUACGCAGUGGGGCUGUGCGACCUGGAGCAGAUCAGGCGGCGUGGGUGCUGGAAGAGCUGGAGCUCAGUCCGCAGGUACGGAAAAGGAAGCCGCCUGACCGAGCAGCUGCACCAAUUAGGACUUGCGCUUGCCUAUGCCUCGCUCGGCGGUCUCGACGGCUGGAUUCCGCCCGUGCUCAGUCUCUUGCAGUUGUUGCACAAACUUGUUCGCCAGUCCGCCAAGAAGGGCAACGCAGCGCGGCUGGACGACAUUAUCAAGUGGGGGAGUUGGAAAGACUUUGAUCUGAUCAGGAAGCCGAAGAAACCGGAGGCAUCGCGCGCGCGGAAUCUGGCAGGAGCCCUCGCACCCAUCGAGGCCAAGACAGACGCGAUGGCGGAAUAUCAUGAGCAUGUUCAGUGGAAGGUGAGACCCGCGAGCGCGGUCGACAGGCCUCCUAUCGGGCCGCCGCUCACCGUGGACGAAAGCGACUUCGCGCAUCGCCAAGUCAUGUGCGCCGCCCGCAAGCAGAAACACAACCAGGCGGCAGGAGAGGAUCAGAUCCCGGCGGAGUAUUGGAAGACUUGUGGGAGGUCCGGCAUCUCGCAGGGCUGCCCUCUCUCGCCAUUUCUCUUCAUAACUGUGAUGACCGCGGUGAUGGCGGACGAGGAAUCAGCGGUGCAGCCGUCGUUGCCGGGACAACGCAGGCAGCUGGUUUACGCAGACGACGCUCUGCCCAUGGCCAGGAAAGUGGAGCUGUUCAACGGUAUUGUGGUGCCCGAGCUGAAGUACAGCCUCAGCGCGGUCUGGUUGAAUGCUGCAGAGCGGAGGCGGAUGAACGGGGCACAGGCCCGGAUGCUGAGAUGUGUCGUUGGUAUCAAGCAUCCCAUGAUACCCCGUGUUUCCAAUGACGAGGUGCGCCGGAUAACGAGGCAGGAGCUCGCCACUGACAUGCUGCUGAAACACCAAUUGGAUCUAUAUUGCAAAGCCGCCCAGGGAGGUGACCACUGUCCGCUACGUAACGCGGUGUUCUACCCGGGGACCAUGAUACCGGUCAAUGAUACGUGCGUUCGGAACAUCGGCGCCCCCCAGUUGGAGUGGGCGAAGCAGCUGCGCCCACUUCUGCGA